AUGAAAGCUAAGAAGAGGCUGCUGAUGUUGCUUUUCUGCCUCUUCCUGCUGCUGACGGCUAAGGUCUUCUUCAGGAACCUCCAGGAAGAUGAACUUCGGCGCUCAGACUGGUUUAACCCCAGGAUGCGUGUGGACGUCAUCACCACCACGGACUGGCUGGCUCCAGUCAUAUGGGAAGGCACCUUCGACAGAGAGGCCCUUGAGAAAUAUUACAGAAAGCAGAACAUCACCGUGGGCUUGGUUGUGUUUGCAGUUGGCAGUCUCACUGACCAGUACCUGGACCCAUUCUUGCGAUCAGCCAGUAAGUUCUUCAUGCCUGGCUAUAAGGUGAUCUUCUACGUCAUGGUGGAUAGGUUCCUGCAGCUACCUGAAAUGGACUACGGCCCUCGGCAAUCCUUUCAAAUCCACCUCAUAGGUGAGGAGAGAUGGUGGAGCAACUUUGACCUCAUGCGCAUGAAACUGCUGGGUGAGCACAUCCAAGACCACAUCAGAUACGAGGUGGACUUCCUCUUCAGCAUGAGCGCUAACCUGGUCUUCCAGAGUGAGUUUGGAGUGGAGACCCUGAGCGUGUCUGUAGCCCAGCUCCAUGCUUGGUGGUAUUUCCGGAAGACAGGGGAUCUUCCUUAUGAGAGGAGACCCGCAUCCGCAGCCUACAUUCCCUUCGGGCUGGGGGACUUCUACUAUGCCGGCACCAUUGUAGGCGGAGUGCCCCUCAAGGUUCUGGACGUGACUCAGGAAUACAUGAAAGGAGUUGUUUUGGAUGCAGAAAACGGACUCAACAGCACCUAUGAGAAAUACCUCAACAAAUAUUUCUUCCUCAACAAGCCCACCAAGCUUCUCUCCCCAGAGUACAGCUGGGACCCCACCUUCCACACCCUUCGGCAAGUACGGUCCAUGAAGAUUGCCCAGUAUCCCAUAGACAGUUUGUGA